AUGACAAAAAACAAAGCGGAAAAGUCGACGAUGGCAUUCAAAUUAGAUAAAACACGUAAUAUUGACAUACAUCAAACAAAUAAUCAUCAAGACUUGUACGACUUAUUUACUGAUUACAAACUCAUUGCUCCGUAUGAAAUACCUGCGAGCAGUAUUGGCUUGCUUUCCAUUCUGACUAAUCAGCAUAUAAACGAUGUCUCCUUUUCCAAAUUGUAUCAAUCAAGUUUAAAAAUAGGAUGGGAGAAAGUACUUACACAAGAUCGUCAGAAACUCAAACCUAAUGAAAUAUCAGUUUCGAAAUGUCUGGUCAUAAAUCGGCUGUUACACGAAUAUCUACAAAAUCCACAAAUAUUCGUUCAGAGAACGCAUAAGUUGUACAAUGAAGUGAAAGCUCGUAUGACAACUAAUUUCCCAUCAUGGACUUCGCAAGAUUUGUUUCAAGAAGUUCGACGUUGGAGAGAUUUUCAAUGCCGGCGACGUUUGUUUUAUUUCAAUCACGAGGAAUUAGUACAACUACCGGGUUUAUUGAUGCUACAAAAAGCGGCGACAAAUUGGUGUCAUUGUUUAACGAAUUACUAUCGCGAGAAUAAGAACCUAUGGCAAACAGAUGGUCGUCCGCGUUGUUCGGAGCACUUUCAACAUUCGUUUAUUAUUGUCGCGCAACCAACUGGAUCGGAAGGUGCAGCUGCAACUCAGUAUAUUAAAAGUAGCUCAGGACAUUUUGCUAGAAUGAAUACGCGUAUUGUUUGUCUAUUGGAUCCUGUGAUCCUUCAAAAUUUGAUCACACUUUCCGAUAUCGAUGUGACACUUUAUCCACUGCUUCGAGAAGGCAAUGAUAAAAAAGAGAAGCAAAUGUCUAUCAAAUGGGAAGUAAGAAAAGUGAUGGAUGCUGAGGGUAAUUCCGUUCCAUUGCUCUGUGCUGAAUUUCACACGCUGAAAUUGGGAAAGAAUGAUUCGGAUAGUAAACGUCUUUCAUUGAAUUCAACACUUUGCCAAUUGGAAUUUCGAUUCAAAGUCAAAGCCAUAGAUUUGGAUUUUGAAGAAAAUAUUGUUCUCACUUCUCAACCAUUUGGCAUUUGCUCUCAUGCUCAAUAUUUUCCCAAAUUUGUUGCACAAAUAUUUCUCUACGAAAUGAAACAAAUUCUCAAGGAUGUAAGCAGAAAACAAAGACUGCACACUGAUCCAAAUAUCAUCACGGAUUUUGUUCGACGAUAUUAUAUACGAACCACUGGCUUCGAAUUAGCAGGGCACACGAAUCAAUACAUUUGCAAGGUGUUCACACGAGCCAUUGGUGAUAUGAAAAACACAAGUUCUGUCAACACUUUGGACCACGCAUUCGAAGAUAUUUUAACCAAAAUCAUCAGCCAGAUCGAUUAUUUGGUUUUACAUCCAGUUCUUCUGUUAUUAUACGAUGAUGGACUGUUUCUCGGCAUAUGCGAUAGUCUUGACUUUGAUCGAUCGUUAGAAGGUACUCGUGAACAACCUCAACUACUAUUACGUUUUAAUACACUCGUCAAACAUCAAUGGAACAGUAAUGCUGUUAUGCGAUGUAUAAUUCAUGAUGGGGAACUAAGACGAGCAAGUUUUGAUUCGAAAUCAUUUGUGAAUGAACUCUGUCGAUUGAUCUGUGAAUCUGUGAAUCAAAAAACCAAACAAGCACUUGUUCGGUCUACCAUAUCACCACGAUAUUUCAAAAAUUUCCAAUGGUAUUUUCACGAUGAAUUGUACCGAUUGAAUAAAAUGUCGCCGCCGAAUAGUGAUGCUUAUGAUCCUUUACUGCCAAUUCUCUGGAUGACAAUGAGAAAAAAUGAUGAUCAACAUACUUCCGAUAGACAUCUACUCUUAAACGAGAGACUACCACGAAAAAAACGGUCACGUUCUGAUUCAUUUCCAACCAUCGACUCCGUUACAUCGGAAAACCUACCAAUUCCAGUGAAUAUUGUAUUGCACAUCAAUAGUCCUCAGAGGCAAAGCUCUUAUUCCACAUCUGACAAAUCAUCAAAAACUACCGAACAAAUUCAAUCAACGACCGAUUCUCAAGAUGUGAAAAAGAAAUGCCAAUGGUUAAUCGAGAUGCCAGCUGAUAUUAACAUCUCUCCCGAUGUGGUAUUUCGAUAUUUAAGUGAAAAAUUCUCCACAAUGAUCAAUAAUCAAAACGAAACUAUACCAUCGACUUAUUUUAUUCAACCUGAACCACCCAUCCUAUCAAUAGCAGAUUUGAAAUACUUGCACAGUUCGCAACGAAUAACUUCCCCUACCGAGCAGUCACCUGAUGGUUCGAAUUCUUCGUCGGAACUGUCGAAAAUGGAUUUACAAGCACGAAGUGAUGACUCAGUAGAAUCAAUCAAAAUCAAAGACGAACCUUAUGAUUUCGACUACGAAACUGUAUCCAGCAGAAUCAUCGUGCCCUAA